AUGAAGCAAUGUUUUAUAUAUUACUAUUUAAAGAAAAAUAAUUUUAAAAAGAUGUGUGAAGAAAAUAAGAAGAGUAUUAGAAAGAUAUCUGGCCUUAGACAUCGUAAUGUAAUAAAUAAUACACCAAAAAGUAUUACAAGUUUGGUAGCUACCCUUCGGGAAAAGACAAUGAGAUUCCGCAAAUCGCAGGCUUGGCUUAAUUUUCUUAAAAGCUAUAUUUAA